CGGUGGUGUACUCUUCAAUGGACUCCACAAGGGAAAAUGGUGGUCUAGUAUUUCCAGUAUUGUGAACAGUUUAGCAACAGUAAAUAUUGCUAGUUCCAUACGUUGAAGAUUUUCACCAAAAUACGUCGAAGGCUAAAUCUAACGGAGUCGGGUUUUCCAGCUGAGCAACGUGGUGACGACAAAGACCUGAGCCAGGUGGAGGCCGAGCCCGGUGGAAGAAAUGUCAGAGAAGGUGCAGAAUGCCUUCAGGGUGCGGCUGUCCUCCGUCAUGGACUCGCUGCUCACGUCGGCGGUGUGCGAGAUCGCCAAGAUCUUUGAGGGCAGCCUGUGUGAGCAGCAGGCUGAGCUCACGCAGAAAGUAGAGGAAAUCUCUGUUUUGAAGGGGAAGCUGAGGCGGGCUAAGAGGAGGUUGAAGGAGGAGGGAAAAGGAGAGGACCUCGAAGACAUGUCCGCCGAUAGCUCUGAAGAAACCUCCACGUUGUCCACAAUUGCUGAGAUAGAAGAGGAAGUACCUGAUUGGUGCGAGCCCCUUCAGUCAGAAGAUUCCCUAAUCCCGUCCUCAAAAAUCAAAAAGGAAAAUGCGUGGCCACGGGUUGACCUGCGGCCACUGAGUGUGUCUUUAUGGCGCAUCCCUAACAUCAAACAAGAGGCUGAAGAUUUUGAUCACCACCUGCUGACUGCACUAGCCAGGAGUCCUCCACGAAAAGGGUCGGCUGCUGAGCGUUUGUUAAACAGCCACUUAAGAAACAUACCCGAACUGAGCUCUUCUGGGUUGGGGUGCCAGCGUGUUUCUGUGGGGCGGGGAAGGGGAAGGGGGCGGGGCAGGGGCCGGGAUCAAAACCUCUCCCCUUCAAAGACAAACCUACCUCCCCAAACCACACCCUCAAAGAAGGCAGCACACAUCCAGAAAUGUACUCUUGUCACGUUUGCCGUAAGGAAUACUCUUCUGCUCAAUCCUUGCGGGAUCAUGAACGCCUUCACACAGGAGAGCAACGAAGAUGUCUCCUGGACUGCACCAGUGGAGGAAACCAUUGCUAAUGGUGCAGGCCAGCAGCCUGCCAUCAAGUCAAAGAGCAAAGACGAGUAUCGAGCAAAGCCACAGGAGAUCGGCUCACCCAGGGAAGAAGUACCAGUGCCUGAAAUGUGUGAAGCAAUUUGA